AUGGUGACAGUCAGGGAAGAUAUGAAAGAUGGGUGUUGUUGGUCAGUGAUGACUAGGGAAGACAUAAAUGUUUGGACUGAUCCAUGGGUACCAGGCCUAAUAAACAACAAACCUGAGAAGACAGAUGAUGAGGAGAGUACAAAUGUUAAGGUGAAGGAGCUCAUUAUUCAAGAAGAACACAGAUGGGAUGAAAACAAGAUGCAACAGCUGUUCAACCAAAUUGAAGUUACAAAAAUAAUGGAGAUUCAUUUACCUAAAGGGAAUACAGAUGAUUCUGCUGACAAACUGUUAUGGCCCCAUCAUCCAAAAGGUGAGUUUUCUUCAAAGUCCUUCCUCAAAACCAUGAAUGAUAGAAAGCGAUCAACAUCCACCAAUUCCGUGUUCCCAUGGAAGAAAUUUUGGAAUGUCAAAAAUAUACCGCCAAGAAUUCAAAUCUUUCUGUGGAGACUGCUCAAGAAUGGACUUCCAGUGGCUCAAAGUACAAGGAAACACAUCCAUGGGAUUAAUGAUAAUUGCAGCUUAUGUGACAGAAGUGUUGAAUCUACAGAGCAUCCGUUUUUAACCUGUCAAACCACUCAAGUAAUCCUUUUUGCUUCCCAUUUAAGUCUAAGAACAGGUGAGCAACCGAAUAUUUCUAUACCUGAUUACAUUAAGCAAUGGCUAGAGGAAGGAGAAGACUAUGCUAAAUUGAAGAUGGUAGCUUGCUUUUGGUGGGCUAUAUGGAAAAUAGUAAAUGUUGUGGUUUUCAACAAAGAAAGAUGUUGCAUAAACUCAGUCAUCAAAGAAGCAAUGUAUUGGUAUAACAUGGAGGUUACUGUUGAUGAGACUGAGACCAUGCCAACUGAGAGUGAUUAUCUGGAGUCUAGUAAAGACAGCUGGGAACCCCCUAAUGAGAAUAGAAUCAAAAUUAAUUUUGAUGGUGCUGCUGGGCCUAAGGGUUAUGCAUGUGGAGCUGUCACGAGAGAUAAUGUUGAUGCAUUUCAUCGCAGUGUGAAUAGAUACUUCACUUACUGCACGGCUGUUGAGCCUGAGACGUACAUGCUAGCAGUGGAAUUGGCGAAAAGAAAAGCUUUCAGAAAUAUUGUGAUUCAAGGAGACUCGCUGGUGGAUAUAAAUGCGCUUAAGCACAGGCAGUACAAACCUAAUUGGUGUAUUCAAUAA